CCACCACCACCUCCACCACCACCACCACCUCCACCACCACCACCACCUCCACCACCACCACCACCACCACCUCCACCACCACCACCACCACCACCACCGCCUCCACCACUAUCACGCCUCUACGGACCGCGUCCAGUCCGACUACAAUGA